AUGGAUCCUCCCGCUGCUUUCUCAGGCUUCCCGGCUCUGCCCUCGCUCGCACCGUCUAGGCUGUCGCCGUUUGCUGCAGGCGAGCUGGGGCCGGAGCCCGAGGCGGCUGCGGCGGUGGGCUGCGGAAAGACGGAGUCCCGGCCGGGCCCAGGGCGACGGCGGCGGCCCCUGCAGCGCGAGAAGCCGCCCUACUCGUACAUAGCGCUCAUCACUAUGGCCUUGGCUCACGCCCCUGACCGCCGCCUUACCCUGGCCGCCAUCUACCGCUUCAUCACCGAGCGCUUCGCCUUCUACCGCGACAGCUCCCGCAAAUGGCAGAACAGCAUCCGCCACAAACUCACGCUCAACGACUGCUUCGUCAAGGUGCCCCGCGAGCAGGGCAAUCCCUGCAAGGGUAACUACUGGACGCUCGAUCCCGCCGCCGCCUCCAUGUUCGACAACAGCAGCUUCCUGCGGCGCCGCAAGCGCUUCAAGCGCGCCCAACUGUCCGCCCUGCCGGUCGCGCUUCCCCGGCCCAGCCCUCUGCCCUUCCCCUUAGCGCCCUACGCGCCCACGCCGCCGCCCCCCGGCCCCGCGCAGCCUGCGCUCCUCCUCAGCGUCCACAGCCUGGUGAGCCUGCAGCCCGAGCCCGCGGCGCUGGGGACCCCGGAGUUGGACACCGGCGUCGCCUUCUCGCCCUGCUCGGCUGCCAGCCCGCCGCUUUACGCUCACGCCCCGGGCCGCCCGGCGCUGCUGCCCAAGCAACCUGGCCCCGGCCCACUUCCCGCCGAGCCGCUGUUGGCUUUGGCCCAGCCGCCGACCGCGCUCAGUCUGGGAGGGGCCUACCUGAGCAGUCGCGCUUCGCGCAGGGGCUGGAGGGUUGCCUGUUAA